AGGUCGACGAAGCAAACACAAACGACAGAGUAGUUUGGUGAAAGAGGGAAGAAAAAAGGCGGCGGUUUCGCAGGUUCUAGACCAAACCCAGCGGCUCAGCUCAGGUCGGCUCUCUCAUUUCUCCUCAGAUUUGCGGUUUUGUUGAGAGGAGUGCGGGAUGGGGGGCGGAUCCGGAUCGGUCCUCAAGGUCUUGGUCAAUAACCUGGAUGUUCUUGCCGGGCCUGUAGUUUCACUUGCUUAUCCUCUAUAUGCCUCUGUUAGAGCAAUCGAAAUAAAAUCUGCUGUAGAUUAUCAGCAAUGGCUCACAUACUGGGUGCUGUACUCAUUUAUCACUCUAUUUGAGCUCACAUUCGCUCCAGUACUCGAAUGGCUCCCUUUCUGGUCUUAUGCAAAACUGUUUUUCAAUUGCUGGUUGGUAUUGCCACAAUUCAACGGUGCUGCGCAUGUGUAUGAGCAUUUUGUGAGGCCAAUGAUUGUGAAUCAGCAAGUUGUAAACAUCUGGUAUAUUCCAAAGAAGGAUGAUUCAAGUAGGCCUGAUGAUGUAAUUUCAGCUGCACAGAGAUACAUUGAGCAAAAUGGAUCAAAAGCAUUUGAGAAUCUUGUUAACAAGUUUAAGAGUUCAAACCCAAGACGCUCAAUACUGGAGGAGGUAGAGGUUGAAAGGAGAACCAGGGCUGAACGAGAAUUUGAAGCAAGUGACGUGAAUCCUUUCUUCAGUCAAGAUUACCGAUACUAGGCAACCCUUUUGUUUUCACUCACCACGUGAGCAUAGCUGCACAGUGUAUGUCCGCCUGCACCAUUGCUGUUUCUUUUGAAGUAUUAUGUUCAGUUGGGCCUUUGCAAGUAAAGACUAACCGCAUUUUUUUUUUUGUGUGGUUAUGAUAACUGGGAACACGUUGCAGGAAUUUUUAGGCUCAGUUCGAGGGACGUCUUGUCUCGACUUUGGGAUUGCAUUUGCACCUGCCUAGUCAAUAUUAUUCUGUAGCUCAACCACCAUGAUAGUUGUAAAUAUGUUCCAGCUUUGAAACUCCUGUCCACGUAAUGUUCAUGUCUUGAAUCUUUUAUGUAACUGGGAACACGUUGCAGGAAUUUAUAGGAUCAGUUCGAGGGACGUCUUGUCUCGACUUUAGGAUUGCAUUUGCACCUGCCUAGUCAAUAUUAUUCUGUAGCUCAACCACCAUGAUAGUUGUAAAUAUGUUCCAGCUUUGAAACUCCUGUCCACGUAAUAUUCAUGUCUUGAAUCUUUUAUGUUACUGGAUAUUACGUAUUCAUGCCACUGAACUCUAUGUUCGUGUUUCGUGGUUGCAUGAAGACUGUUCAUGAUGUGGGAAAGACCGAAAAAGAUUUUUUUUUUU